AUGGAAUUGCCCCCGGGAGUCUUCGAAAGCGACUCGCGAGCAUCGACAGCCAUUGGUGUUGUUAGCACCGUCCUCUCAGUCACCUUUCUUGUCGUUGCGUUACGGAUAUAUACCAGGUUAUGCAUUUUGAAACAAAUUGGAAUGGACGACUGGGCGGCCAUGUUCACCCUUUCGAUAGUCUUUGGCUGUGGCUUCGCGGUCGUAUGGAAUGUAAGAAAUGGUCUCGGUCGCCACGUCUACUUUCUUUCCCCAGAACAGAUCAAGGACUAUAUGAAGACGUUUUACACAUCAAUCAUCCUCUAUAAUGCUGCGCUGGGUGGCAUCAAGAUGACGUUCCUUAUCCAGUACUACCGCGUGCUCGCCGUGAACAAGAUGAAGAAGAUCUUUAUAGGUGCCAUGGUCUUCGUCGGAGCGUGGUCCGUGUCGCAGAUGAUGGGCAUGAUUUUCAUCUGUUGGCCUAUUGCCGCAUUUUGGGAUAAGAGUAUCCCCGGGACCUGUCUCCCCAACUUUCCGCUAUGGUACUCCAAUGCAGCUGGCAACAUCUUCACCGACAUCCUCGUUCUCCUUCUGCCAUUGCCAGGUAUCAGCAGAUUGAAGCUCCGCAGAGGCCAGAAGUAUGUUCUUCUUGGCAUCUUCUGCCUUGGGUUUUUCACAUGCAUAAUCUCGGUUGUCCGAAUCCGUUUCCUUCACCUCGAAGUAGACUUCACAUGGGAAAAUGUUGAAUCGUCGUGCUGGUCUGUUGCCGAAGUCUGCUCCGGCCUGACCUGUGCCUGCCUCCCAGCUUGCCGCCCCCUCGCCUCUCGCUUCAUCCCCGCUCUGUCCACUCGCACCACCAAGUCUUCAACUCAUCGUUCGCAUGGCAGCUAUCCAAAGAAGACAGGAAACAAGUCGCAGCAGCGGGACCUAGAGCUCGGCGAAUCGGCAAACCUAAGUCACCGCUUGGAGCUCAAUCCGCACCGCCGCCUCAAAACUGCAGACAGCAAAGCCGAAUUAUAUACCACAGAGGCUUACAACACAAGCCAAGAGGACUGGAGCCACGAAGGGGCCUUGCCAGUUCAAUUGCACUCAGCGCUCGAACAUCCAAGCAGUACGAAAGAGAGGAUGCCACUGCCUGUCCGGCAGCAGAAACCCGCUGGGAAUGACGGAUACAAGUCCCGUGACGACAGAAUGGUAGAAACACGCAUCGAAGCAGGUUUAACGGUUCCUGACAGUUCACAACCGAACAAAUCCAUUGAAGUUACCCGUGAUAUUGUACAAAUAUCUUCGUCAAAGGUAGAGGAGAAGGUGUUUGCGUAA